AUGAAUCUCAGUGGUACACUAAACGCAUUCAGGAUACUUUAUAAUCCGUCUCUUUGCAAACCAGGUCUGAUCAUAGAUACUUUUAAUCACUUACCGGUCCCAAUUAACAAACAUAUAAAAGCUGUUGUGGUGGAUAAGGACAACUGCUUUGCAUUCCCAAAAGAAAAUAAAGUAUGGUGUGAAUAUGAGAAUAAGUGGGAGUUACUAAAAAAAUCAUAUCCUGGGAGGGCCUUACUUAUUGUUAGCAAUAGUGCUGGUUCAAAUGAAGAUUUAGACAAUAAACAGGCCAAGUUCAUAGAAGAUAGUUUGGGCGUGUAUGUGCUAAGGCAUUCAACCAAAAAACCAGGUUGCCAUGAUGAUAUUGUUGAAUAUUUCAGUCAUCAUAAUAUCAUCCAGGACCCAAGUGAAAUAGCCGUUGUAGGCGAUAGGUUAUUUACAGAUAUAAUGAUGGCAAAUAUAAUGAAUUCAUAUGGGGUCUGGGUUAAAGAUGGUGUAGUGAAAUCAAAUAAUAUUCUCAGUAGGCUUGAGAAACUAAUAUUUAGUCCAAAAGAAUAA